GCUGCCUUUCAUAGGCUUCUCGCGGGGAGUCCCUCCUACCCUCCCACCCACCUUCCCCCCGUGAUGGCGGAGGACAGUGAGUCUGCCGCCAGCCAGCAAAGCCUCGAGCUGGACGACCAGGACACCUGCGGCAUCGACGGCGACAAUGAGGAAGAGACGGAGCACUCCAAAGGAAGUCCAGGAGGAGAAUUGGGAGCUAAAAAGAAGAAAAAGAAGCAGAAACGAAAAAAGGAGAAAACGAAUUCCGGAGGUACCAAAUCAGACUCUGCUUCUGACUCCCAGGAGAUUAAAAUUCAGCAGCCUUCAAAAAAUCCAGCCAUUCCGAUGCAGAAGCUACAGGACAUUCAGAGAGCCAUGGAGUUGCUCUCAGCCUGUCAGGGCCCAGCAAAGAAUAUUGAUGAAGCGACCAAACGUAAAUACCAGUUUUGGGACACACAGCCUGUGCCCAAGCUUAGUGAAGUUAUAACAUCCCAUGGUGCUAUUGAACCAGAUAAGGACAACAUUCGUCUAGAGCCAUAUUCCUUACCACAGGGUUUUACGUGGGACACGCUGGAUCUGAGCAAUGCUGAAGUUUUAAAAGAGUUGUAUAUGCUGUUAAAUGAAAAUUAUGUUGAAGAUGAUGAUAACAUGUUUAGAUUUGACUAUUCUCCAGAAUUUCUUUUGUGGGCCCUUAGACCGCCAGGUUGGCUUCCGCAGUGGCACUGUGGAGUCAGGGUAUCGUCCAAUAGGAAACUGGUAGGGUUCAUCAGUGCCAUUCCUGCACACAUUCGGAUUUAUGAUAGUGAGAAGAAAAUGGUAGAAAUUAAUUUUCUGUGUGUCCAUAAAAAACUACGAUCAAAGCGAGUAGCCCCAGUCCUGAUCCGUGAAAUAACCAGGAGAGUAAACUUGGAAGGGAUUUUUCAAGCUGUUUACACUGCAGGAGUGGUCCUUCCCAAACCUGUAGCAACUUGCAGAUACUGGCAUCGAUCGCUGAAUCCCAGAAAAUUGGUAGAGGUGAAAUUUUCUCACUUGAGCAGAAAUAUGACGUUACAGAGAACAAUGAAGCUCUACAGACUUCCUGAUGCCACAAAAACCUCAGGCUUGAGACCUAUGGAACGAAAAGAUAUCAAAGCAGUGCAAGAGCUGAUUAACAAUUACUUGAAGCAGUUCAACCUUGCUCCCAUUAUGGACGAGGAAGAAGUGGCCCACUGGUUCCUGCCUCAGGAUCAUAUUAUUGACACUUUCGUGGUCGAGAGUUCAGAUGGUGUUUUAACCGACUUCCUGAGUUUCUAUACGUUACCUUCAACCGUCAUGCACCACCCUGUUCAUAAAAGCCUCAAAGCAGCAUAUUCCUUCUACAAUGUUCACACAGAGACUCCUCUCUUGGAUCUAAUGAACGACGCACUCAUUAUAGCAAAGAUGAAAGGAUUUGAUGUGUUUAAUGCACUAGACUUGAUGGAAAACAAAACAUUCCUGGAAAAACUGAAAUUUGGUAUUGGAGAUGGCAACCUGCAGUAUUAUUUGUAUAACUGGAGAUGUCCUGGCAUGGAUUCUGAAAAGGUUGGUCUUGUAUUACAAUAAGGAGAAAGGACCCUUCUAUUUAUAGUUCUUGGAAGUCAUCAUCUGGGCUGAUGGAUACUCUUGGAUCAGUACAAUUCAAGAGGCGCAAAAGCACAAUCCCUGAUGAACUUAAAUCAGUCAGUCAAACCUUGGGGGAGGGGGAUACAAGAAGAAGUGAAGAUUUCUGUGCUCAACUAGCCCUUCAACUCUGAAUGGGAACAAAAAGGCUUAUGAACCUUUUACUGUUUGUCAAUGAGAAAGAAAUAAAGCACAUUUGUUUAAUUUUCAAUGCUUAGCUCGCAUCUUGAUGAAAAGGGUUCUUUUCUCUGUUUCCCUGCAUAAAAAUAAAAAGACUUUUUGUACAACAAUGCAGUUGCAGUGGUGGAAUAGAGUACAAAUACUUUACUGUAAUGUGACUGAACUGCUGCAUUUCUAUUUAUUAAGUGGUAGUGUAUGUUUAUCAAUGUAACAAAAUGAAGGAGCCGAUUUUGAGUAUUUCUGCUUAUUUUCAUGACGUGGAUGUCAUCAUCCCCAGGAGAAAAGCCUUGGGAAUAUGACUGUUUGUUAGGAAACCUGCAGAUAUUGGAUGUCUUUUGUAAUGUGGAGUGGUACAGAAAUAUGCUGGUUGGACUGGUACAUGUUUCUCCAUAAGCAAUGAUGCCAAAUCAAUAAAAGUACAAAUUUGUAUUUUGAUCUUCAAUAGAUCAGUGACUUGAUUAUAGUAUAGCACUACUGAGUGCAAGUGUUGAUAUGUUCCCUGAACUAUAGUAUUCUUUUCAUCUUACAGUUCCGAAAAAGAAAAUUUUACAGUUUUUGAUGGUACAGUAACAGCAGCCUGUACAUGAAACUGAGAAUGUUAGUACUGUUAUGAAGAUGUGUUAAGACUGAAUGUGUUUUAAGGCUUUUGCAGAAUUGCACAUAUUCCUUUUGUCUACUUGUUUUUUAAAAAAAACAUUUUAAACUGAAAAUAUGUUUGUGUAAAUACGUAAAUUUGUUGCUAGUAGUAGCAAUAUAAUUCUGGUUUUGGGGAACAGGGGGUUUCAUAGUACACAUUUGUAUUAUGUCCUUGCAAACACAUUUUUGGUUGGCAGCAAUAUGUGCCAAAAUGUCUUGGUUCAUAUCUUACGAUAAACCUUAAUAUGGUUUUGUUUGGCUUAGCAUGUUAUGCAAGUACAACCAACCAUAAUUUCCUUAAAUCAUAGCGUAGCAAAAUGCAUGAACCAGGUCAAGAUCUCUCUCCCUUUGGAUUAAUAGAAUUCAGUUUAGAAUAUGGCAAAGCACUGCACGUGCACCCAAGUUUUCAACUUGUUUAUAUAUAGACAAUUUGUCAACUAGUUGUUUUCACACAUCACAGUAAGCCAUGGUUUGUUGGAAAACUAGAGUCAGUCUGGCAGACAACAAAAAAUAUUCAUUUGGCCAAUUUUUGAGUGGUUUUGUUUCCUUUUUUAUUUAUUUUAGACCUAGUUAAUAGCCCUUCCCCAACUGGCAUUUUCCUGAUGCAUUGGACUGCAAUUUCCAGAAUCCCCCCCAUCAAUGUGGUCUUCAGAACUCUAGUCCAAUAUAUCUGGAAGCUGCCAAAUGGGAGAAGAUGGGGUAAGAGGUUUGAGAGACAAAAAAUAGGAUUGGAUCAAGAAACCUGCAAAUGCAUCACAUCUGUCAGUACACUCUUCAAUUAUACUUCCAAUCUAGAACUGGCUUAUUUAUAAAUCUUACACAUCGCUAUAAAUCAGUGACUUGAUAACACUACAGGAAUCCUGUUUGCUUCUCAUCAAGUAAGUUUAAUUGAUGAGAUUGUUUCUGCUAGAAUAACCCCAAAUGAAUACAGUAGUCUCAUUUGCACAUAGUGGUAAGCCCUAAUGUCAUUUGUUUGGUUUUGGCUGCAUGUGACGUGCCAACCCACCCAGGAUGGCUUGCCAUGCUGUGUGAACUGGCCAUCUGAAUUUUGAUAUUUCUUGAGUAAGUCUUUGUUUUUCCAUAUUUCAAAAUAACAUCUUGGUUCAAUCACAUGGGGGGGGAUUGCAGACGUUUAGCAGUGAUCUGAACAUUUUUUCAAGAUAGAUUCAUCAGGCACAAGAUUGCUGGAGAAAAAAUGUUGCCAAGCAUUGAUCCUAAUUUGCCAGAAACCUUGGUAGAUAUUAUGACAAGCAUAGUUUAACCAAAUAGCUGUAACCACUUUUGUAUGUUGCCUAUUUCAGAAAGAUCCAAUAGCAUAGCUUGGAACAAACGAGAUCACAUGGUAUCUUGUUGCUCCUAAAACAAAAACUCUUAAUUCAAUUGCUAAAUCUCAAGCUUGCACACUUCUAUUGUUAGACAGCAAAGAGAGGACUCUUGUACAGGUUUUUCCAAAUGCUGUUGCAUACAAACCAGGAAUUGUAGUUGCCAGAAACUCACAACCUAGCAUUAAUCCUGGAUUUUGCACUAGUUACAUCCUGUGCUUAAAAGUAACUUAACACCUUGUUAAUGUAUCCAGUCCUUGUUGCUAUGCUUCCUAUCCUGUUUUCCCCUCCAAUUUUCCUGUUUCUGCUAUCUGUACUACAGCAGCUUAUUGAAGGAAGUUUAUUCUGAACAAUAAUUUCAAUUACACAAUCAAGGCCAAUUACAAUGCUUGGAUUCAAUGCAUAUUUAUCCGAAGACGGUAAAGCUGUGUCCUCCACUUAGAAAUCUGCUUCUUUGGAUCUGUGAGCACCUCACAACCUAUUAAUCCAAAAGCCUCCAGUUUCAAAUGCCUCUCUCUUAAUGCAGGGAACAGAUCUGAUAUGCUAAAGGAAGUAUUUCUAUUAUUAAAAGCGAAAUGUGUCUGUGCUCAGUUCUGCAUGUCCUACUUGAUGAGAAUCACAACUGUUUAAGGGAAAAAUACUAAACAGACAAGUGCUGUGCUCAAAUGUGCAGCUAUUUUCAAUUACAUCUUAACAGUUCUUGAAUUUUAUUGGCACCAAUGAAUGUUUGAAUAAAUGUAUCACUUUCAUACUA